AUGGAUUGUCAUUUGUUGCAGCCAUUGCAGAAGCGACAGAGAACUGUGGAAGAUUUCAACCAGUUCUGCACCUUUGUUUUGGCCUAUGCAGGCUACAUCCCGUACCCUGAGGAGAAUGAGCCCUGGACCCACCGGGGCAGCAUGAGUCCCCAGAACAGCACGGGCAGCACUCAGGACAGUGAUAGCUGGGCCUCAUCCCACUCCUCCGAUGGUCACAUCCUGGCAGAUGACAAGGGGAAUGGCCAAGGGGGCUGUGGACACAGCCUGUUCAUGAACUGUCCUGCCUUCACCACCAGCUUCUAUGAUGUCAGGCCCCAGCAAACGAAAAGGAAGAAACCGCCAGCAAAGAAACUAAUUUUAGAGAAGGAGACAGAGAAGAGAGUCCCACUGAGCACUGGGAAAAGCUGUGGGAUUGAUCAGGAUCGGGCGAAGGAGACGAUUGCACUGGGGGGACAGGAGCCUCCCAUUAAAGAGCAGGUCUUGGAGCCUUCCAUCCACCCGGCUGGGGACCCCCAACCCAAUUCCCUCCUGGAGGAGCUGAUGAAGGAGGAGAAGGACUGGAUGCCUGGAGCACAGGGGACUGAGAAGCCAGCAGGAGACGAUCCUCAACUAAAGGAGCACGACCCAUGUCCUGGAGGGAGGAAAAGCCCCAGUUCUUGUAGUACCCUGGACCAAAGCGAGGGGGAAGAUGCAAGCAGAGCAAGUUCUCAGCUUAGUGCUGUUGAAUUCUCAGCUGCUCCCAACACCAAAGCAGAAGAGGAUGACGCCUGGGACCUGAUCACCUGCUUCUGCCUGAAGCCCUUCGCAGGGAGACCCAUGAUUGAAUGUAACGAGUGUGCUACCUGGAUCCACCUCUCGUGUGCCAAGAUCCGCAAAUCCAACGUGCCUGAGGUUUUCAUCUGCCAGCGAUGUCGCGAUGCCAAGCAGGAGAUUCGCCGCUCGAACCGAGCUCGGACGGUGCCCCGCAAGCGCUUCUGUGACUGAAGCUCUUCCAGAGAAGGGAGGUCGGGGGUCCUCUUCUUAAGCCGAAGACUGUAGCCCAGUUUGGCGAGACAAUCAAUGCACAAAGUGAUGGUUGAGGGACA